GCCAUGUUCGGACAUGCCGAAUCCGGCGACACGACUGCGAAGGCCGACCUCGUUCUCAGGUUGAGUGUCAUCAACGCCCAGCUGAUGAGGAUGGUCUUUGCCAUCGUCACCAUGAGCUUUGCGAUUCCUGUCUCUGGCGAGGCCUACCAGGUGCUCGAGGCUUUCAAGGCCAGCUACAUUGCGAGGGCGAAGGGCAAGAAGGGCCACGGCAGAGAGAACAUCGACGCAUUCAUCAGUGGCCACGGCGUGGAGACCAAGCGCGCAUGGCGGGACAUCCAUGCGUGCCGGACCGAGGAAAUGUUCGAUUCGUCCAUGAAGCGGCUGUAUGUCCAGGCGCCUGCCCAGAUGCUCGAGAUCGUAGUUGAUUUUCUUGUUGACAAGUUCAGCGCCGUGGAGCACGCUGGCCAGCGGCCGGCUGG